CUUGGGACAGAUAAAUUAGGGUAUAAGCUUUAAAGACGAAAAGAGAACCACUCAUCUCUCCAAUUCCCAUGGCAACCCUAUCCUCUUCUCCAUCUCCCUCCAUUCUCUCUUCCUCCACCGCCAAUCCUAAAACCCCUUAUCUGAAACCGCCGCUCCUCUUCUUCCCCAAGCCUCUUACCACCGCUCUAACCACCGCUUUAGCCACCACCACCUUACUCCUAACUUCCCCUCCCUCCUCCAUUGCCUCUGAUGCAUACAACGUCUACUACGGAACCGCCGCCAGUGCCGCCAACUACGGAGGCUACGGUGGAAACUCCGACAAGAAAGCCUCCGCUGAGUACGUCUACGAUGUCCCCGACGGAUGGAAAGAGCGUUUAGUUUCCAAAGUUGAAAAGGGCACCAACGGGACGGACAGCGAAUUCUACAACCCCAAGAAAAGACAAGAGAAAGAGUACUUAACAUUCUUGGCUGGGUUCAGGCAAUUAGCCCCAAAAGACGUGAUUUUGAACAACUUGGCAUUAUCAGACGUCGAGUUGCAGGAUUUGAUUGCCGGGGCCGACAGCUUGGUCUCCGAGGAGAAGAAAGACGAGAAUGGACAGCUUUAUUAUGUGUACGAGAUUGACGGAAUUGGUAAGCAUAGUUUGAUUGCAGUCACUUGCGCAAAGAACAAGCUUUAUGCUCAUUUUGUCAAUGCACCGGCGCCUGAGUGGAAACGCGAUGAGGACACCUUAAGGCACAUUCAUGAAUCCUUCAAGACUGUUGGAUCAUCGUAAUUCACUCUUGUCUUUAGUCUUUUUGAUCCUCUCUCUCUCCCUCUCCUUCUCUGUCUCUUUUUAUAUAUAUGUAUGAGGCAAUGCCAUUUUUAUAUAUAAGCAAAGCCAUUUUACAUCUUUAUAUAUAUAUAUUUUGUUUGUUGCUCUA